AUGGCUGCACCGCGGGGGGUGUUGGUGGUGGAGAUGGGGGUCCGGAUGUUGAAUAGGGAUGGGGAGAAUACAGAGUCCCCCAAUGGGAAGAAGUUCGAGCCGGAUAAGUUCCAGCUAUCACGGUGGGAGUUUGCUGCUGCUAUGGGAGUGUUCUUGGUGUUUCUGACCGGGUUGUUCUGCAUCUACCUUACCAGGCCAGCAGCUGCAUAUGGGGAGCUCAGGCUGCCCCGCACCCUUUCUGAACUUCGGGUGAUUAAGGACCAUCUUGGAACAUUUGCCGACGAUUACCCAGCUAAGUUCAUUGAUCUGGGUUACUGCUCUAUGUACCUAUUCAUGCAGACAUUUAUGAUACCUGGGAACAUUUUCAUGUUCUUGCUUGCUGGACUCUUUUCGGUGUUAUCAUAG